CUUACUUCUCACUUCUCACUUCUCAUCUUCAGCUCUCUCUCACUCUCUGGUCUCUCAUGUCUGCGCUCCACGCCACGGCUCGCUGCCUCUGCUCUCCGUCUCCCCUCUCUCACACAAUCUCACUCUCAACUCACUCUCACACUCACACAAUCUCACUCACAUCCUCACCGACCCGGCGACCCACUCUCAAGUCUCAAGCGCAGGAGUAUCAAUGGAGAAUGUUGCAGUAGUGAAGGGAGACAAACUCAUAUUAAGGGGUUUGAAGUUCCAUGGAUAUCAUGGGGUGAAGCCAGAAGAAAGGAAGCUGGGUCAGAAGUUCUUGGUGGAUGUUGAUGCCUGGUUGGACCUUCAGCCAGCUGGUAAAUCUGAUUGCUUGUCAGAUACUGUUAGUUAUACUGAUAUUUACCGAAUAGUUAAAGAAGUUGUGGAAGGGCCUGCACACAAUCUUCUAGAGUCAGUGGCUCAACUCAUUGCAUCUACCACUUUCACAAAGCACCCCCAGAUAUCUGCUGUUCGUGUGGUAGUCGGAAAGCCUCAUGUUGCAGUUCCUGGUUCUGUUGACUACUUGGGCGUUGAGAUUCUCAGAUACAGAAGUGUGGAUGCAUCAAACUGAACUUAUUAUUUGUACUUUUUUCAUUUUUCACCCAGCUGAACAGCUAUGUUUUUUAAGCAAAUACAUUGGUUGCUAUACAUCCAUAAUGGUUCUUUGACUGA